CAGCAUGGAGUGGGGUUACCUGUUGGAAGUGACCUCUUUGCUGGCCGCCUUGGCGCUGUUGCAGCGCUCGAGCGGUGCGGCGGCUGCCUCGGCUAAGGAGCUGGCUUGCCAAGAGAUCACCGUGCCGCUGUGCAAGGGCAUCGGCUACAACUACACGUACAUGCCCAACCAGUUCAACCACGACACGCAGGACGAGGCGGGCCUUGAGGUGCACCAGUUCUGGCCGCUAGUAGAGAUCCAGUGCUCGCCCGACCUCAAGUUCUUCCUGUGCAGCAUGUACACGCCCAUCUGCCUGGAGGACUACAAGAAGCCCCUGCCUCCUUGCCGCUCGGUCUGCGAGCGCGCCAAGGCCGGCUGCGCACCCCUCAUGCGCCAGUACGGCUUCGCCUGGCCCGAUCGCAUGCGCUGCGACCGGCUGCCGGAGCAGGGCAACCCCGACACGCUGUGCAUGGACUACAACCGCACCGACCUCACCACAGCCGCACCCAAUCCGCCGCGCCGCCUGCCGCCGCCGCCCCCGGGUGAGCAGCCGCCCUCCGGCAGUGGCCACGGCCGCCCGCCCGGGGCCAGGCCCCCGUCCCGCGGCAGGGGCGGUGGCGGCGUGGACGCAGCGGCGCCCCCCACGCGCGGCGGCGGCGGCGGCGGCGGCGGGAAGGCGCGGCCCCCUGGCGGCGGCUCCGCUCCCUGCGAGCCGGGCUGCCAGUGCCGCGCGCCCAUGGUGAGCGUGUCCAGCGAGCGGCACCCCCUCUACAACCGCGUCAAGACCGGCCAGAUUGCCAACUGCGCGCUGCCCUGCCACAACCCCUUCUUCAGCCAGGACGAACGCGCCUUCACCGUCUUCUGGAUCGGCCUGUGGUCUGUGCUGUGCUUCGUGUCCACCUUCGCCACCGUCUCCACCUUCCUCAUCGACAUGGAACGCUUCAAGUAUCCUGAGCGGCCCAUUAUCUUCCUGUCGGCCUGCUACCUCCCUGGCGGGCGCGGCGAGUACGAAGAACUGGGCGCUGUGGAGCAGCACGUGCGCUACGAGACCACGGGCCCGGCGCUGUGCACCGUGGUCUUCUUGCUCGUGUACUUCUUCGGCAUGGCCAGCUCCAUCUGGUGGGUGAUCCUGUCGCUCACGUGGUUCCUGGCGGCGGGCAUGAAAUGGGGCAAUGAGGCCAUCGCUGGCUACUCGCAGUACUUCCACCUGGCCGCGUGGCUCGUGCCCAGCGUCAAGUCUAUCGCCGUCCUGGCGCUCAGCUCCGUGGACGGCGACCCGGUGGCCGGCAUCUGCUACGUGGGCAACCAGAGCCUCGACAACCUGCGCGGCUUCGUGCUAGCGCCGCUCGUCAUCUACCUCUUCAUCGGCACCAUGUUCCUGCUGGCCGGCUUCGUGUCGCUCUUCCGCAUCCGCUCAGUCAUCAAGCAGCAGGGCGGCCCCACCAAGACGCACAAACUGGAGAAGCUCAUGAUCCGCCUGGGUCUCUUCACUGUACUCUACACCGUGCCCGCCGCCGUCGUGGUCGCCUGCCUCUUCUAUGAGCAGCACAACCGCCCGCGCUGGGAGGCCACGCACAACUGCCCGUGUCUGCGGGACCUGCAGCCAGACCAAGCGCGCCGGCCCGACUACGCCGUCUUCAUGCUCAAGUACUUCAUGUGCCUCGUGGUGGGCAUCACCUCGGGCGUGUGGGUCUGGUCCGGCAAGACUCUCGAGUCGUGGCGCGCCCUGUGCACCCGCUGCUGCUGGGCCAGCAAGGGUGCUUCGGGGGGCGCAGGCGCUGGGGCCGCAGGGGGGGGUGGGGUGCCGGGAGGUGGUGGGGGCGUGGGGUCCGGUGGGGGCGGGGUCCCGGGCGGUGGGGCGGGAUCCCUCUACAGCGACGUCAGCACCGGCCUGACGUGGCGAUCUGGCACGGCCAGCUCCGUGUCUUAUCCAAAGCAAAUGCCAUUGUCCCAGGUCUGAGCGGAGGGGAGGGGGCACCCGGAAGGAAUGGGGAGGGGGGCGAGGAAACCUAGUGCAGGGAAGGGACAGUCGACGGGCUGAGGUUCCCACCCCUUCACCGUGUUGAUUGCUAUUAGCAUGAUAAUGAACUCUUAAUGGUAUCCAUUAGCUGGGACUUAAAUGACUCGCUUAGAACAAAGUACCUGGCAUUGAAGGCUCCCAGACCCAGCCCCCUUUCCUCCAUUGAUAUGCGUGGAGCUCCUCUCGCCAGGCGUUAAUCUCUGUUGGCAGCGGAGGGUGGACUCUGCUGCUGCGUUUCAAAACGCAAGGUUUGUAGCCCUCGCUGGUUGCCAUUUGCUGAGCUUGAAGCCAGAUCUACAGAUUUCACCUGAGGGACCUGUUUUUCUCCCUCUACUCUCCUACGUAAAUUCUUACUCCUAACAUAUCCUAGAGGAGGGAUGACCGCGACCUAAUGGAAUUGCACGGUUUGGGUAUUCUUAAUGACCAGGCAAAUGCCUUAAAUAAACAAACAAGAAAUGUCUUAAUUAUACACCCCAAAUCAAUACGGGUUUCUUACAUUAGAGGAUGUAUUUAUAUAAUUAUUUGUUAAAUUGUAAAAAUGUGUAAAAUAUGUACAUAUUCAAAGAUAUACAGUCUGUACAUUUUUUUUGUAAAAAGUUUAGAGGCCACCCCUGUAAGAACAAAUAUAAGUAUUCUAUUUUGUCAAUAAAAUGACUUUUGAUAAAUGAUUUAAACAUCGCCCUCUCCCCCUGCCUCUUCUAAGCUGUUACCUUUAAAGUGCUUGCUAAGGACACGCUGGAAAAAAUGGACAUUUUCUGGUUUCUCAUUUUGUACUCUGACCUUAGGCAUGGAGAAAAUGACCUGUUAAACUCUAGUUCUUAAGUUGUUAGCAAAGUAAAUAUCACUGUUGAACUGAAAUCAAAAUUGAGUUUUUGCACCUUCCCCAAAGAUGGUGUUUUUCAUGAGAGCUCUUUUCUGAUCCAUGGAUAACAACACUCACCUUAGUGUAUGUAAGUGGAACUUUUGCAAGGCAAUAAUUGCACGCAGGCCUUGUUAUUUAUCUUGUAUAAUAUGACUAAAGGCUUCAAAACCCCGCAUUUAUUUCUUGGCGUGCCUGAUUUUGAAAGCACCUGGGUUUUCAGGGACCGAACACACUGCUGAAGUGCAGACGUUAAUGUUUUAAACCAUCGAUCGCACUUUACAGUGUAAGUCACUUGACUAUCUGGUAGCGGAGCAGGCGUUCUUUAAUGGAUUAAACUAACGGGUUAACAUCUUAAUAACCUUCCAGGCUUGUGUAUAUCAAAUGUGCUUCUUUUUCUAGAGAAAAAGCUAUUGUUCCUCUGUCAAGACUAAGCUAAUUUAUUUGAGCAGAAGGCUGUUGAAUUAGCAGAAGAAUGCUUUGGCAAUUGUUGAACUUUUUACCUGUCUGCCCAGUGGCCCAGCACAUCAUUCCUUUAAGAGGAGCUAAAUGAAUAGGGUUAAUCUGUAGGGAACUUGGUCUUUUGAGUUUGAAAAACUUUGAUCUUUUCUCCUCUCCAAAUGUGCUGUAUAGUCUGAAGUUUCUUUCCCUGCUGCCCGGCUCCUCUUGGUGCAGACCAAUUGGCCACCGCGGAGCCUUAAAGUUCUUCCAUUAAAGGGAUGUGGGACUUUUACUUUAAAAAGGAGAGAGAGCGAGGGAGAGGAAGACUUGUAACAGUUAGUGAAGACCAGAGGCACAAGUGCGCUCAGCCUUUUAAACAGCUUUUCCCGGCAUUGUUAGCCAGCCUGCAGGCAGCUAGGCAUGGGUUGAAGCAUUAUAGAAAAGGGCUCUGAAUGCCCUACAGGUGGUCUGUGCACAUAAUCCCCCAAUUUAAAGCGUUUUCCUUUGCUGGACAAUUGCAUUACAAAACUCCCUUCUUUUUCGCCCCUAAUUGAACCAAUGAACUAUUAUAAACUACAAGUUUUUCUUAAAAAAAAAAAAGGAAAAAAAAACCUCAGUGCCUAAAUUCUAUUGAGUAAAUUCUGGCAAGUUUUCUGAACUGAACCUUUUAAAAGCACCGGAAGUAAAUGCUUCUUCAGACAUUUCACUUUUCCAGAUAUUUUUAUUUCUCAUGCUUGUUAUUUUCUGACAGAUUAGCAAUAAUUUAAAAGUAAUUGGUAAGGUUGUGUGUUCAUACUGAAAAGAUAGCCCCAGGUCCCUUAUUAACCUGUCAAUCAAGAUAAGAAAUGGGCAGCUACCCCUGCUAAUGAUGGGGGGCAUCAAACAUUGCAGGGCGGGAGGCGACGUGUUCUCUGCAUCCUGCUAAAAUGUUUGUUCUCUUUACUUUUCUCAAUAGGAAUAUUUCGUGAUUAAAAAAAAUUUUUUUUAAUUAAUAGGAUGGAAACUACUUCCUUGGCUGAUCUUUCUCGUGUGAGAGGCUUUUAAGAAGAGUUUCUUAGUAGAAACAUUUUGCAAAUCCUUUCCAGAGUAAUUCUUGGUGGUAAUUGGAUUUUUAAAUUAUAUAUGCCAUAAAAGAACACCUACUUUAGCUAUCAUGCUGAUUAUGUUUCUUAAAGUCAGAGGCACUGUAAAAUCUUCACCUCCCAGCAGUCUUAUUUAUUAAAGAAUUACUGUUUUGUAACUUAAGUACCAAUAAGUGGCCUGCAUCGAACCCAUGUGGUGACACUCAUAUAGAGUAUAUAAGCCAGCCAUAAACUUUACAGUUUCAGUAAUAAAGUGUAAUUUUGAGGGCACUUCCCAUAGUCUUUACCACAUAUAUGGGGUGGGGAGAGAGCUAAAAGUCACUACUUAGCAUAUUGGUGUUCUAACAUAGCAGCAUUCUCAUUAUUGACACAUUUCCAACUAUGUGACAGUGGGAAAUGUCCAACUUUGAAGCUUUUUCCUUUAUUAAUUUUUCAACAUAUCUUUGUAAAAUGCCAUACUUGAUAGCUUUUGCAAAAUGACUAUAAAUGUGCACAAUAUAAACAAGUUUACUAAACAAGCAAAAAAACCCUCCUGACAUUCUGAGGACAACUCUUAGAAGGUUUUAGUAAGACCUGCACCUGUAAUCACUAAAGACUGACUUUAGAAACAUACUGAAACACAAGUGCUGGUUCUUUGCCUUGAAAACUAAAACUUGAGUUGCAAAGUUGCUAAUAUCCAAAUGGUAUCUAUUAAUAGAAUAAAAGACUCAAAAUUUAUUUGGGGGGGUGGGAAAAUGGAGGAAGAGUCUCAUUUUGGCCAUUUGCCUUAGUUAGACAAAUGAAUAGGUUCCUUGCCAGAACACCCUCUUUGUGCUACAUUAACUAUAUGGAACAAGUGUUUUUUGUUUUUUGUUUUUUGUUUUUUAAUUUUGUCAAACAUGGGAGGUGAGGGCGCAGGGAGGGGAUAUGGUGAAUGUGUGGCUAGAAGAUAGUGUAAAUAAAAUCUAAUAUGGUUA